UUUUCGCGAGUGUUUCGCGUUUCGCUUUCGUUCAUCCUCUUUCGUUUCUAUUUAAUUUAUUGAAGAGAAGCUCAAUUCAUAGAAUCGAGCAUUUCAAUGCUUUAAUAAUUUACUUAGAUUGUGAUAUUUUUAUAUGUAACUAUUAAUUUAACUAUAAUAGUUGUGCUGCGGAAUUAUACAUGAGUUAUCAAAAUAAUAUAAUUUAAGAUUAGUGACAGUUAAAUUUGGCGUUUGAAGGUUAUAAAUAUAUUCAAGCCUUUAAUCGUCUUUUGUGAAAUAACUAUAUAUUAGAAUACAAUGGAAAGCAUGGACGUCGCACAAGAAGGUACCUCAGCAGCAUCCACACCCCUACAGGAAAAUGGACCCGAUAAAACUGUAACAGCGGAGGAGAUGACGUCCAGAGAUUAUUAUUUCGAUUCGUACGCACAUUUUGGCAUACACGAGGAAAUGUUAAAGGAUGAAGUACGCACGCUUACAUACAGAAACGCUAUGUACCACAAUAAGCACUUAUUUAAAGGAAAAACCGUACUAGACAUUGGCUGUGGGACUGGUAUCCUGUCAAUGUUCGCUGCAAAAGCUGGGGCUGCCAAAGUUAUCGCCGUAGAGUGUUCCAAUAUUGUAGACUAUGCACGGAAGAUUGUUGAGGCGAAUAGGCUUAGUGAUGUUAUAGAAAUUGUUAAGGGAAAGGUAGAAGAAGUAGAGCUCCCAGUUGAGAAGGUGGACAUCAUAAUCUCAGAGUGGAUGGGCUACUGCCUGUUCUACGAGAGCAUGUUGGACACGGUGCUGUACGCAAGAGACAAGUGGCUCAAAGAGGACGGCAUGCUGUUCCCUGAUAGAUGUACCCUAUUCAUCUGCGGUAUCGAAGAUCGUCAGUACAAGGAUGAGAAGAUCAACUGGUGGGAUGACGUGUACGGUUUCGACAUGUCCUCCAUCAGGAAGGUGGCCAUCUCGGAGCCACUGGUGGACGUUGUUGAUGCUAAACAGGUGGUGACAAACUCAUGUUUGCUGAAAGAAAUUGACUUGUACACAGUUAAGAAAGAAGAUCUGAAUUUCGAGUCCAAGUUCCACCUGCAGGUCCGCCGCAACGACUUCAUCCAAGCGCUAGUGACGUUCUUCAACGUGGAGUUCACGAAGUGCCACAAGCGGCUCGGCUUCAGCACGGCGCCCGAGGCAGCGUAUACGCAUUGGAAGCAGACCGUGUUCUACUUUGACGAGUAUAUGACGGUGAAAAAGGGCGAAGAGAUAAUGGGCACGUUCUCAAUGAGCCCGAAUGCGCGCAACAACCGCGACCUCGACUUCGAGAUCGAGAUCUCGUUCAAGGGCGAGCUCUGCCAGGUGCAAGAGAAGAACCACUAUAGAAUGCGCUAGUGUAUGCACACGUGUGUGAGGUACGGUCGGCAGAUUACGCAUGGUCGGUAGAUUACUUUGUAUUCAUAAUGUAGGGUCAGCAAAAAUAUAGGUACCGAUGGUCGGCAGAUUACGCUCGAAAAAUAGUACACUCGUGCGUGAUAAUGAGGUACGGUCGGCAGAUUACUUUGAUUAACGUAAUGUAGAGUCAGCAAAACAAUUUUUACUUUGAUUUGUAGUCGUAUGUAAUUCUGCUUUAAGACGUCAUACCAAAUUCCUAGUUGGAGUGAUUAAAAUGCGGGAAAGUGAUGGCGCUACACGAUGUAGCUUGUGUCUUUUUCUAAUACUGGAUAUACUCCUGCUUUAAACCAUGACAGUAAACUUUCUAGGAUUCUAGGCUUUGUUAUUGAGUCGAUUUUAGUGCUAACAGUGCCUGGUGGUACAGUCAGCAAGUUAAGUUUGCUGUUUAAUUGGUACUAGUGUGUUUAUGAUAAAGUGCAAUGAAACUCGCUUGUUGGAUUUAUAGUGGAAGUAUUUUUGUCUGCGCUAGUUAUAUUUUUUUAUAUUAAAUGUUUGAAUAGGACAUGUUAAAGUAACUGAAGUGCGCGACUUAAUUGCUGACUGUACUGUA